CCUAAAUGAGUUUUUUUCCCGUGAUGCUCCGCGUGGACGAGCAGCAAGAUGGCAGACGAUCUGGAUGAAUUUAAGAAGGAAACUGGAUGCGUCCCGAUCCUCCAUCCCGAGGAAAUUAAACCCCAGAGUCAGUAUAAUCAUGACUACAGCGAGAGCGUCAGCCGCAAGAGCCAUGUGGACGACUACAGCACUUGGGACAUCGUCAAAGCCACCCAGUAUGGGAUAUUCGAGCGAUGCCGUGAGCUGGUGGAGGCCGGAUAUGACGUGCGUCAGCCGGAUAAAGAAAAUGUCACACUCCUUCACUGGGCGGCAAUCAACAACCGCAUAGACCUGGUCAAGUACUACAUAUCUAAAGGUGCUAUAGUGGACCAGCUGGGAGGAGACCUCAACUCUACACCACUGCAUUGGGCUACAAGACAGGGCCAUCUCUCCAUGGUGGUGCAGUUGAUGAAGUACGGUGCUGAUCCUUCUCUCAUCGAUGGCGAGGGAUGCAGUUGUGUGCAUCUGGCCACUCAGUUUGGACACACCUCUAUUGUGGCGUAUCUCAUUGCCAAAGGACAGGAUGUGGAUAUGAUGGAUCAGAAUGGCAUGACCCCUUUGAUGUGGGCGGCGUAUCGGAUGCACAGUGUUGACCCGACACGGCUGUUGCUGACGUUUAACGUGUCGGUGAAUCUGGGUGAUAAGUAUCAUAAGAACACAUCUCUGCACUGGGCAGUUCUGGCUGGAAACACUACAGUCAUCAGCCUGCUGUUGGAGGCUAAUGCUAAUGUGGAUGCACAGAACAUCAAGGGGGAAACGCCGCUGGAUCUGGCCAAACAGAGGAAAAAUGUGUGGAUGAUGAAUCAUCUGCAGGAGGCCAGACAAGCCAAAGGUUACGACAGUCCCUCGUACCUGAAGCGACUCAAAAUGGACAAGGAGUUCAGGCAGAAGGUGAUGUUGGGAACUCCGUUCAUGGUGAUCUGGCUGGUGGGAUUUAUCGCCGAUCUGGACAUUGACUCCUGGCUCAUCAAGUGUGGGAUGUAUGCAUUGGUGUGGCUCGUCGUGCAGUUUCUGUCUAAGUCUUUCUUCGAUCACUCCAUGCAUAGUGCUCUUCCUCUGGGCAUCUAUCUGGCCACUAAGUUCUGGAUGUACAUCACCUGGUUUUAUUGGUUCUGGAAUGAUCUCCCUUUCGUCACCGUCCACCUGCCCUUCCUGCUCAACAGUCUGGCUCUCUUCUACAACUUUGGCAAGUCAUGGAAGUCCGACCCUGGUAUCAUCAAAGCAUCCGAGGAGCAUAAGAAAAAGACUAUAGUUGAACUGGCAGAAACAGGCUCUCUGGAUCUCAGCAUAUUCUGCAGCACCUGUUUGAUACGGAAGCCAAUCAGAUCAAAACACUGCGCUGUUUGCAAUCGAUGCAUCGCCAAGUUUGAUCACCACUGUCCAUGGGUCGGGAACUGCGUAGGAAGUGGAAACCACCGUUACUUCAUGGGCUACUUGUUCUUCCUGUUGGGCAUGAUCUGUUGGAUGAUAUACGGUUGCAUUUGCUACUGGAGGAUUCACUGUGCUACCAGUUACACUAAAGAUGGCUUUUGGAUCUACAUCACCCAGAUCGCCACCUGCUCGCCGUGGAUGUUCUGGAUGUUCAUCAACAGUGUGUUUCACUUCAUGUGGGUCGCUGUGCUCAUCAUGUGCCAGCUCUAUCAGAUCGCUGUUCUGGGCAUCACUACAAACGAACGCAUGAACGCCAGAAGAUAUAAGCACUUUAAAGUUACAGCCACAUCCAUCGAGAGCCCUUUCAAUCACGGCUGUAUAAGGAACCUCAUAGAUUUCUUCGAGCUGCGCUGCUGCGGUCUGCUGCGGCCCGUGGUGGUAGACUGGACGUCCCAGUACACAAUAGAGUACGAGCAGACGUCCGGCUCAGGAUACCAGCUGGUGUAGAGCGGUGACAGAGCGAGAGAGAAGACGGAGAGAGAGAGAGAGAGAGAAGAGGGGAGAGGUUUUCCUGAAGUGCUGCUCAACCGGGACCAUCUCCUUCACCGAGACUGCAAACCUCACCCAGUCAGGAUAACGCAUGCUGUCACCAACUCCACCCGAGACGCAGGGACACCAGGAACAGGAAGAGGAGGAGUUUAGUGACAUCAGAGGCGGAUGCAGUACAAACGGCUCUCCUCAGUUGGUCAGCAGAGGCGUUUUGUUGUUUCGCACAUCGACUGCUUUUCGUUUACCUUGGUUUUCUUCCUGUGACCCCUUUUUUGUUUCUUUUAAAGUGAAAUCGGAUCUUCGUCGUCCUAAUUCAACAUGGACCUUUGUGUAGGAAUGAGAAUGAGCAUAGCUUAACAAUCAGACGAAAUAUAGCGUUUGUGGUUUUAAGGAAUUGUUCUGGCCAAAAUUAGACUUUUUUUUUUUGUAUUAUUAUUCAUGUCACUUUAAACCUAUGUGACUGACUUUCUUGCAUUGAACACAAAAAGAGAUAUUUAGCAGAAUGUUCAGGCUGCUCUUUUCCAUAUAAGUAGAAAGCAAUACGCAUAUGUUUGGAACGACAUGAUGAUUAGUAAAUAACUGUAGCUGAACGAUUCCUUUAAGCUGCCUUGAUUCGUCUGAUCGUGACACGCAUUCAUACGACUAGAGAGAUGCCCAGUUUAAAUAAUGUGACUUAACAUAUUUAUUUUAACCUAUUUAUGUAGUAUUUUUCGAUAAUAUAGUAUCAUGAGAUAAUUUUACAUGUCUUCAUUUUGGGAUUUGCAGCAUGUAUAAUAGUUUAGCAGGGGCGAAUCCGACGAAACGUGUCAAGAAGAUGAAGCCGGGUCAUAUUUCACCCAAAAAAAGAAAAAAAAAAUUAUAUUUUGUUUAGAGAAAAUGAAGCCUGGUUUUGCAUUUUAUUAUCGUUUUCAUGAUAAUUAAUUCCAACUUUGCCAUAAUUCAAAUUAACAUCUUGCACAAAAACCUCCUCAUUACUGUAUUUAAUUAUCAAAAUAUUUAUA